AUGAUGGGGCUUUGCCACGACGCCAGGAUCGAAGUUCAUGCAAGAUACUACGAGGCUCGAUGUCGUUUCUUUUCGGCCUCGAAUGUUACAUCGCAUUUAGUCGACAUCUCCGCACAAAAUCACACUUCAGGUGCGCACGUUCCUCGAUUGCUUUUUGACGCCAGAGUCAACCGUUUCUUCUCAUGCAAGCUUCAACUCGUCCACACGCGACAUCGAUCAUCGCUUCAUCCCUCACCAUUCAUAGUGUCCGAGACACCAGCAUCGACCAAGAUGGCGGAUAUGCAUCCACUGCAAAUGGCGCGCAUGGCCAUCCCGCGCCCCCAAUUCUUCCUCGUCGUCUUGAUCGGAUCGUUCCUCGUGCAAUUCAUGAUCGCAGGCUUGCGAAUUCAGCACGACGACAAGGAAAUGGCGGCACUCGGAUCAAUACGAACGCUUCCCUCGUCUGCUCUCCUUGUUACUGCGCAUCCGGAUGACGAGGCCAUGUUCUUUGCGCCCGCCGUUCAGGCGCUGGCUGCAGCAGGCACCUCGAUUUUCGCCUUGUGUCUCUCCACCGGUAAUGCUGCAGGAUUGGGUAUGAAACGCACCGAAGAGCUGUUCGCCAGCUACGAUCAGCUCGGCGUUUCAGCUUCACGGGUCAAGUACCUCGACGAUGCAAAACUGCAGGACUCGAUGGAAGGCAUCUGGCCAAACGAACACAUCUCGUCGGUGGUAGCAAAACACAUCGACUCCCUCUCCCAGCCCAUCGAUGCGCUCAUCACCUUUGACAAGCGAGGCGUAUCCGAGCACCUCAAUCACAUUGCGGCGUACAACGGCACGCGUGAUACUGCUGUCGCCCGCAACCUUGCUCUGUACGUACUUCCUACUUUGGAGGUAUGGGAAAAAUACACCUCUGUGCCCUCGGCUGUUUGGGAGACGAUCUCUUACUCCGGUUACGCUCCUCCGUCGAGCGGUAACAAGACAGCAGCGUACGAGCCAGCGUCGGAGAUUAUGGUCCUUGCAAGCUCGGCUCAGUACGUCAAGGCGGUUCAGGCCAUGUUCAAGCAUCAGACCCAGCUCGAGUGGUUUAGGUACCUCUACCUCGUCUUCAGCAGAUACAUGUUUUCCAACAGGCUGGUGCUCUGGACUCCUGAACUCGAUUUGGAUCUCGAAGAAUGA